AUGCAAUCUUUACAUCCUUUACAGCCAAGAGAUUCAUCUCCGGACUCUUCACACUCACAAAAUUCAAACGAUAUCUUACAAAGUUGGGAUAUACCUCAAGAAAUUAAAUCCAGAGAUAAACAGAAUCAAUCGAAGGAAAACAAUACUUCUCAUAACGAUCGUUCUGAUUUUAACAAUCUUACCGACUCUAAUAAUAAUAAUAUUAAUAAUAAUAUGAAUGAUAUUAAUCAUGAUACUGGAACUAAGAGAAAUUCACGAGAAGCUGACCUGAUAGAACUAAUAGAAAAGAAGAAAAGACAGAAUAGAGAAGCCCAAAGAGCUUAUAGAGAAAGAAGAGCUAAUAAAAUACAGGAACUUGAGGGCAAAGUCAGAAACUUACAGGAAAUUAUUAAUAAUUGGCAAAAUAAAUACAAAUUAUUAGAGUCGAAAUUCGAAUUUCAGUCCAGUACAAUAGAAGAUUUAAAUAAGACCAACAUAUAUCUAAAAAUGCAGUUAGAAUCUUCCAAUUCUAAAUCAAACGUAUCUCCGACAAGCAUAGAUAGUAAUCAAAAUAUACAUUCUCUUAAUAACAAACAUGAUUUCGAAGACAGUAGUACUGAGAGUAUACCCAUCAACUUACAUCAUAAGGAUAAUAUUCACACAGACUCUCAUCUUAAUAAACUGCCGGAAACCCCUCAAAAUAAUAUACAUACACCUUCUAAUCUAAAUAACAAUAAUAAUAUUUCAAAUACAAACUCGAGCAUAAGCUCAAGCAUCAGUGGAAAUAACCCUUCUGAUCUAAUGCCGUUUCUGGGAGGUAAUAAGAACAGUUUCCAUGCAACUCAAAAUAAUGACAAUCACUACACCAGUAAAAAAAAUAACACUCCUAAUUUGGUACACUCAACUAACCAGCAUACCAAUGUUUCAACCCCUAGCUCCUGCUCCUCAAGUCUGGAGAAUUCUCAACUAAAAAAUAUGAUAGAUAAUUUUAGACCAAUGGAUGCCGUUCCUCUAAAAUCAAGAGAAUUAGAUACCUCAAUUUCUGCAACCUCAAUAUUAUCAAACUUACAAACACCAAAAAACUAUUCUACAUCUCCAAAUACUGUAACUUGCAACAACAAUAUUCAUAAAAACAAUCCUUCAGAAAAAAUAAACUCUACUACAACCAUUUCCAGCAGAAACAGUACCUGCACUACCACUUCAAGUACAACAUUUGAGGAGCAUCAAUUUGAAUUUAUUCCAGAUGGUAUUAAAGAAGAACCUUUACCGAAACCUGUUAUCCCAUUACCAAAUAAUAAGGCCUGGUCUUGUCCAAAAAAUUGUACUUCUCUGUUUGAUGAUGACCCUGCAGCAGCUUCUGCAUUAAGCACUAACUCUGAUGAAUCAACUACCACCACUAAAAAGAAAUGCUCUUGCCCGAAGUCUCAAUCAAAUUCUGAAACAGUGACUCCUUCCCAUACAACGUUUACACCUGUUAUGUCAUUUGCUGAAAUUAGUGAAAAUAUGAAUAUGGUAAUAACACCAAAUGAAAGCUCUGAACGUAAAGAUGAAUUUCAUGAUAGUUCUAUUAAAAAGCUGGCGGAUAACAACAAUAAUUCAACCAGCAAUAAUACACCAGAUUCAUGCGAUUUAUGCCACGAUACUAUUGAAAGUAAAAUGUUUUGCAUCGCGUUAAUGAAGAAAAGUAAAGAGCUAAACAAUAAUAUUAAUGAAACUCCAUCGUCCAACUUUCCAGGAGAAUAUAUACCUAUCAGUGCUGCUUAUCAAAAAAUCAGAACUCAUAUGGUACAAACAAUGAAAAAAGUAUCUCAUGGAAAUUUAAAAACUUUACCAAUCAAUUCUGUUAUCAAUGGACUGUCAAUUAGAGGUAGAGAAGUUGAAUUGAAAAGUGUUAAUGAUGUAUUGAGAGAUAUGGACAAAGCUGCGUUUCAGGCUGAAUAA